GGAUAUUCUACGCACAUUAUUGGCAAAUGGCACCUUGGCUUCUUUCGUUGGCCUUACACCCCGUUAUAUCGUGGCUUCGACUCCUUUUACGGUUUUUACGGUGGAUAUGAAGAUUACUACAGCCAUGAAAAUGAGGGAAUCCUUGAUUUGCUUGACAACAAAAAACCCGUAAGAGAUAAGAGUGGAGUUUAUUCGGCAACGCUGUACGCUGAGGUACUUACAGACUUCCAGAUUGUCAGGAGCUUAUAACUCGGAGACAGCAACUCCCAUACUAGGCCUAUGCAAAGGCUUUUUUACGGACCAGUUUAUUUUAAGACACUUUUUACUGCGUAGGGCACUUUUUACUGCGAAAAUGGAGUCUCCGCCACGUCUAUGAACAUUCGAAGAACAAGAUACCAAAAGGAAUACGCAACGUCAUUAAAAGGCAAAAAUUAUCAUUUUUAAGUCUGUAGGUUUUGUCGAUUGCUUUGUGGGACUUAAAAGAUAUCCUCAAUUCCCAGCAAAACCGUUCUCAAAAUAAACUGGUCCAUAAAAACGCCGUGACACGAGUACAUGGAAGUUGCUCGCCUCAGGUUAUGGGCUCCUGAGAUUGUUAAAUAGUACUCAUUACCAAAAUACAGUAGAACCCAAUAAUAUGACUUUUCCUCCAUGAAAAUUUGACCGUAGUCACCGGUUUAGUGUCCUAUCUCCCUCCAAGGCGAGGGCUGUAAGGCUCAAUUUUUGCGAGGCCUAAAACAAUUAGAGUGCUUUAGAUUCUAUGACGAGCUGGAGUUGAAUUAUAAAAGCUAGUACGACUACGAGAACGAAAUUUCCUCAAUACUAAGUAGUGCGCGCGCGUGAACCAGCGUCAUUUUGGCGGGAAGACUUGGUAGCCGUCGUCAUUCUACUACGAGUUUUAGCGAGAAUGUCGCAAUCAGAAAACUAGGUUGUCAAAUGGUAGAAGAUUUAUCAUUUUACGAUCAAGAGAGGGCUUAACCUCCUUCAAUAUAGCCGCAGUGCUAUCUUUUCUAACGAAAAAAAAAAAUAAAACUGAAGCUUUCCGGGGUGUCUAUUUUUUGAGGAUAGGCGAAAAAACUUUUCGUUAAAUCUCGUACUCGUAGUCGUUCUCGUCCUGGAAUCUAAAGUUCUCUAUUGUCUGAGUUCGCAUCCAGACCGAACGCAAUGCAAGCUCGUUGUACUCAGGUUGUCUUUAUGCAUAAAUAUAUGACGAUAGCGUGCCCUACAGUUCCCUACUGAUAUAUACAGCUAUUUCGAGAAAGGUCGUCGGAUAAAGUGCACGCGACAACUCCGAAAGGUAUUGUGGGUGGUUUUGAGUGCACUGUUUUUCAAAGAAAUUUGAAUGAAUGGCAGGAGAUGCCAUGGACGUAUGUCUGCGAGUGCUAAAGGAAAGCAACAGUGUAUUGAACAUAUCCCAUAUAACGUUUCGGGAUUGUCGCGUGCACAUUUUUUCCGACAACCGUUCUCGAAAUAGCUGUAUAUAAAAAAAACCUUGACAAACUCGUCUGUUCUUUUUGCGCCAGUAUUGGUGAUCAAGAAAUGCUUGGGGAUGAAUCUCGAUGGCAGAAGUAUUUCACAUAGAAACUGGUCAGUAAUUUGUUUACCCACGAAACUCUUAGGAGUUUCUAAGAAACCGUCCUGUUGGCUUCGAAAUAUAAGCGAAAAUCAAGUUAAAAGAACAUUUCCAAAUCAGUUUAUGACUUGGUUUCUUUUUCUAUUAAACAGCAAGCAAGAAGAGUGAUCCUAUCGCACAAUACAUCCAAACCCUUGUUUUUAUACCUUCCAUUUCAAAGUGUGCAUGGACCAUUAAGCGUUGAUCUAAAAUACGAAGAGAAGUAUCGAGGAAUUCGCAACAAGGCGAGGCGAACUCAUGCUGGCAUGGUCGACAUUAUGGACGAAGCGAUAGGAAACGUCACAGAAGCUAUGAAAGAGGCUGGGUGAGUCGUCAACGGUACAAGUUCGUUAAUAGAGACUUUUCACAUUCUAAGGCAAAGUCGCCUACAAGGACAAGGUUUUACUGCGCGCGCAGGAACCAGAGUGGCUGGAAAACUUGAUAGCCAUCGUCAUUCUCUUACGAAGUGUACUGAGCUAAAGUUUGCAAUUCUGCGGAAAACAAAAAGCUGCAAAAUUCAUUCCGGGCUAUAACCAGGGACCCGGUUCUCGAAAGGCCUGGUAAUGUUUGGUGUUAGGGCGGAAUAGCAUCAGAUAAACAUGAAAAUUUGGUUCAACAUUUUCAAGUUCCAGUCCACGUCUAUUCUUGCCAUCCGUAGCAACAGUCGACAGAAGACAAUCUCGAUGCCUGAACAUAGUCUUCAAUUAGAAAACAAUGAAAAGACAGCCGCAAUUAGCGACGUCACCACUGGUUUUUCCGUUAAAUGACUGUAAUGACUUCUGAGAAACGAGCGAAGAAAUUCCAUACUGAUGGCGUGUUACUACCCAGAUCAGGGAAGUGCUUCUGAUUGGUUCAAGCAAAUUUCUCACGCGGCACGACCAAUUAGAAGCACUACCCAGAUUUGCAUGGGUAGUAACGCGUCAUCAGUAUGACGUCAUCAGUAUGGAAUUUCUUCCGUCACUGCUCCUCAAACGUCAAUUCGUGGGGAAACCAGUGAUAGCGUCGCGAAAUUGACUGACUUUUUAUUAAGACUCAUUGCAGCAAUAUACAGAAUGGCUGAAUUACAGAGCUAUUUACAAAACAUAUAAUACUAAAAUAUAAUACAAUAAGUCCAAUAAAUACUAGAAAAUAUAACUGUACAAGCCACUAGGUAUACUUAUGCGUGACAAACUCUUGCGUGCGCUUGGUCCUACAGGUAGGACGCGUGGAGCGGCUAAUGCCAGAUCUAAGAUUAUAAUUAUGCCCAAACUUCUCUGAAUGCUCUCAAUCUUAUAAGAUAGAAAAUCUGGUAUAUUUUGCCAGACAGGGGCAGCAUAUUCUAGAACAGGACGAACAAUGGUUGUAUAAACCUUAGCCAGUGAAGCUGGAGGUGCACCACAUUGCUUAACGACCCUUAAAGAAUAAAGCCUCCUGUUUUCCUUUUGCACUAUAACUUCUACAUGAUGGUUCCAUUUCAGGUCAUUGCUUACAUAAACGCCUAGUAACUUAUAUGUCAUGGCCAUCUCAAUUGUGUUACUACCAAUUACCAUAGGAUUCACAAUAAAAUUAUGAUUACUCAUAAAAUUAAUUAGCAUCUCCUUGCAUCUAGUAGGAUUCAAUUUCAUUCUGUGAAAUUUCAUUCUGUGAUUGAAAUUUCGUUUGUUGUUUUAGCUUUUUAGAAAGAUAGCAGAUAGCUUGACAUAGUCCCCUAAACAACACUUAUUAUGAAAAGGUUGUACGUACUUUUUUGCUUUGAUUUCAGUCUAUGGAACGAAACCUUGACGAUUAUAACUACUGAUAAUGGAGGCAAUCUUGAUAAAGGUGGAUACAACUGGCCCCUCCGGGGACAGAAAACAGACUUGUGGGAGGGAGGGGUCAGGGGAGUUGGUCUAGUCCAUGGAACGAUGUUUCAAAAGACUGGGGUCAAGUGCAAGGAACUACUUCAUGUAACUGACUGGUAUCCGACUCUCGUUAAUCUUGCAGGUAAAUUUGUUAACUAACAGUUGCGUAUUUUUGAAUCUUUGGCUAAGGUUGGGGACAAUAUGGAACUAUGCGGAUUAUGCAAUUCUGAACCCACAUAGAUUUUAGGUUAAGUAAUGAAGUUGGCAAGCAGCGAAUUCUGGUAGAAUCUUUGCACAGAUACCUUAUUUUGGAAAUUCUGACCAACUGCGAGCCGAAAAUCCGCUUGAGAAAAUCUCCUACUUGUAGUCGUUCUCGUUUUAAUGAAAAUCUAAAGGUGUCUAUUUUUACAAUCUCUCACCUCCAAUACGACUAAGACCCUGUUUACAUGGACUGGGGGACCCCGGUCUAGUGGGGUAGGUUUCUUUUGUUUUGUGUCCCCCAGAGCGUGAAAACAAACCAACCCCACUAGACCGGGGUCCCCCACUCAAUGUAAACAGGCCCUAAAUCUUGUCCAUUGAUUUUAUCCUUAACAGUGCAGUUUCAAAAGGUCCAGUUUCAGUGUGCAGGUUUUCCGUUUUGAAUACGGUCUGGAAAGGGGAUCCUGAUCACGCUUUUCCGCGUCUCAAAUAUCGGUCAUUGAUAUCACAAAUAUCGUUUACUUUCCCAAUCCUACAUUACUCUCCCCAAGUUUGGCAAAUCCGACUUUCCGGGUAACAGUCAAACCGGUUAAGGAUCGGAAUCUGGAGUCCAAGCUCCACUGACAAAAAAUCAGGAAUCGGUACCUGGAAUCCACAGCGUGGAAUCCGGAAUCGAAGACUGUCUUAGAUUUUCUUUGCAUGGGGCGAACCCGGGACGGUUGCAGAUUUAUGUUUACGCUCAGCUUCGCUUUCUUUCAGUUUAAUCAGUAUUUUGUUCUUCUGAAUAACUAUAGAACGAUCUCUUGGAAAAAGACGCACCCACGCAACUAUUCCACAGUUGGAUGGCUUUAAUAUUUGGCGCAGUAUAUCUGAAGGGGCUCCAUCGCCAAGAAAGGAAAUUCUACACAACAUUAUCGACCAACAGGCAGCAAUUCGUGUUGGAGACAUGAAGCUGAUAUUAAAUCAAACCGAUAGAGAGAGAUAUAUCCCACCAGAGUUGGUUGGAAGUAUUCCAGCUGAACAAGGAAAAAAGGUAAUUGUGCACCCUUCAUACCUAUACCUCGUUGAUUUCAACAUGGUAGCUUGUCUUUGUUUUCUCGUAAAUUGAGCAGAGUGAGAUAAAAACCAAGCCUUGAUCCGUUUGCACAGCUCUUCCAUCAACAUUGUCGGGGCCAUGCACGUGCAUUACACUUGGUCUCCUUGGAGACAGUAACUAAAUGAAGUCGCGUGAUAGACCCACACCCGUGAUGGGCCAACUAUGUUGGGAGUUGUUGCACCAUUUCCACAACACUGACAACACGAACGCAUGCGCAACAACUCCCAACAAAGUUGAUCCAACUAUGUUGGGAGUUGAUGCGUCCGUUUCCACCUAGCUUUAAUAUUAUGUCUGUGGAAUGAAAGAGAAAUACUGGGGACAAAAUGUCGUUGCGUCGCAAUUGAUUUUGUCUUGGAUUUUGUGACAAGUUUGGGUUAUGGCAGAUAAAGCAGCUUUUCUAAACCAUUUUUGAAACCUCUUUUAAGUAUUCAAAUUUUCAAUUUUGUUGCAAUUUCUAUCUCCAGGGACACUGUUGCAAAAAAGUUAUUGAUGUGGGCCUUUACAACAUUACCGCCGAUCCAUAUGAGAUAGUUGACCUUAGCAAGCAGUUCCCGGAUAUUGUGGAGGCAUUGAUAACCAGGGUGGAGUUCUACAGACAGAGUGCUGUACCCCCCGAGAACAAGCCUUCCGAGAGUUUAACGAGGAUAACUGCUCGUAUGAAGGGAUACUGGAGACCAUGGAAAGAUUAA